AUGAGUUCUACAUUGCGAGACGCCACCGAUAAAUGUCGGACAAGAAAUGAGGUGGAAGAAUGGGUGAACCAGGUUAGAGAUGUUGUUAUGGAGGCAGAGGAUGUAAUUGAUUUCUUCAUCAUCAGAGCAGAGAGACAACUGCACAGAAACUUCCUAACCAGGUACAUCUGCUACCCCAAUCAACUCUAUUAUCUCCACAAGUUAGGAAGGGAAAUUGCAAAUUCCAUCAAAAAGAUUAACCAGCUUUCAGUUAGGAGAUCUACAUUAGGUCUUGCAACUUCAGAGGCAGAGUUAAGUUCAGUUGGUAUGAUCACAAAUGAACAAGAACUGCCUUUUUUUCUGGGAGAUCUUGUUGAAGAAUUCUCUAUUGGAUUCGAAAAGGAAGAGAGUGAAAUAGCAAAGAAGUUGCUGAUACCUAUAGGGUCCCCGGGGCCAUUUCCUGGUGUUGUUUCAGUAGUAGGAAUGAGUGGUAGUGGAAAAACCACACUUGCUAGAAGAAUCCACAGAAGAAAUGAUGUUAAGCAACAUUUUCGGACUCGUGCCUGGAUUUCUGUCUCCCAACAAUAUAGAAUAAAAGAUCUUCUCCAGGUCAUCAUAGAACAGAUCAAGCCGCUCACCGCCGAAGAGAAGAAGGAGCUAGAUGUAGAGAGCCUGAUCCAUAGGCUCUCAAGUUACUUAAAAGAAACAACUUACCUAAUGGUGUUCAAGCAAAUUGGAAAACUCAUUCUCCCUAAGUAUUCAAGUGUACGUGGAACUGACAUACUAGAACUUCCAUCUUCAAUAGGAGACUUGGAAAAUCUACAAACGUUGGAUUUACGAUUUACUUGUCUCAGACAAUUGCCUAUGACGAUGAUGAAAAUACAGCAGCUAAGAAAUCUUGUUCUAAGGGGUCCACUUGGAUGUGGUCCCCAGAACUUUGAUUGCCCUCUUGAUCACAUGACGAAUCUGCAAACACUAAUGCUACAUGAAGGCAAAUGGAUGAGUAGGCUGGACAAGUUGACUAAUUUGAGAGCGUUAUAUAUAUUCUCUGAAAAAAAUCAGUAUUAUCCAUUUAAAGAGGCAUUGUUAAAUGCCAUCCCCAAAUUAAACCACCUUCGUGGGCUUUCUUUGGUAGAUUCCAAAAGAGAAGAGGAAGCAGUAGUUCUUCCUGCUUCAUUUUCUGACAACUUGGAGCUAUAUCAUAUGGAAUUAGAAGGAAUAAUUGGAAUCCGAGAUUUUCCCCCUAAUGUCACCACCUUAAUAUUAAAUUUUCAGAGCGGACAACGAAUGGAUGAACUGAUGGAGAAAUUAAAGAAGCUAGCCAAUUUAAGGUGUCUCAUCUUGAUUAAGACAUAUCUGGGAUCCAAAAUCAUUUUCUCUGCAGAUGGGUUUCGUCAACUUGAGGAAUUGGUGUUGACUCAAUUAGAUGAUUUACAAGAUCUCAUAGUGGAAGAAGGAGCAUUACCGAACCUUAAGGUUUUAAGGAUUCUACGUUGCUUUGCAUUAAAAAGGCUUCCACUUGGGUUAAAACAAUUGGUCACUCUUCGGGAACUUACUUUGUCAGUUAUGUCAAAAGAGCUUGAACACAGGGUCCAAAAAGAGACGGGGGUAGAUUGGGAGAUCAUCAAGCACAUACCCUGCAUUGAAACUAAAUCAGAAUUGACACAUUUUCAUUUACGAAAAUUUUAUCGUCAAUGGUGUUGA